UCCGACGGAGUCACUCCGUUGACAGUGACAGUUCUACAUAAUCGUAUCGUCGUAGUGGUUACCUAUGUUAAAAUCCUCUUUCUUUGAUUGAUCUUACACGUGAUUUGAUUAGCACAUUUUGACAUAUUUUCUUUUCACGCAUUGGUGUCCAAUUCACUGCGUUUGGUACGGAUAUUCACCGGUCCGUUAAAGAGGGUAUAACCAGUGAACGGUGAAGCGAAGAACGAAACAUCAAAUUGAUCGAAGUGUUAAAGUUUUGAUAAUUACGGACGGUGUUUCGUCAGAUUAUGGUAUUAAGGUUACGUAGAUGGACUUAUAAGUUUUAUUCUGUAUUUAGUAUAUCAAGAACAAAAACCAUGAAUUUAGAGAAGUGUUACUUUAGACACAUACAGGAAGAAGACAAAAUAGAUAUAACUUUUUUGUUCAAAGUAAAAGAUUCAAUGAGACAAUUCAAUUUUAGUAGAAAACCUACUGAAAACUUGCUUACUCUGUUUACUAGAAUUAGUACAAAUGUUCAGAAAGCAGUUAACAAGGCCAAUAAAAAGAAGAAGAAGGAAGAUGAUUUGAAAAUUGAGGUAAAUUUUUAUGAUGUCAAGAAUAAUCCAAUCCCUGAACAGGCUACAUGUCAAGAAUUAUUCUCAUAUGAAGGUCCUUUAAAAUUAAAAGUUUAUGACCAAGAAUAUGAAGCAAUAUUCAAUGCCCCUUGGAUAGUCAGUAUAAAUCUGCCACAAAGCAUUUUAGCAGGUUUCCCAAUUUAUCCAGAAAAUUUUUGUACUUAUUACACUGAAAAACAAACAACAAUUUUUAACUGGUACAGGGGUCUACCAGUGAAUGAAAAUGGAAAUGUGAUUAGUGAUUGUCAUAUUAAAUGGGACUUGGUUGGAAAUGGAUUUACUUACAUACCCACCGCACAAGAUAUUGGUAUGAAGUUGAAAUUAGAAUGUAUCCCAGGUAAUAAAACUGCCACUGGGCCUGCUGUUGAAAUAAUAUCCAAAAACAAAGUUGAAGCUGGUCCCGGCAAGUGCCCUUUUGAGAGUAGGCAUAUGUUUACUAAGUCUAAACUCAGUGGAAAAAGUUUUCGAUGUGUGUCUUAUAACAUUCUGGCUGAUCUUUAUUGUGAUUCAGACUUUACUCGAACUGUGUUGCAUCCUUAUUGUCCACCUUAUGCCUUGCACAUUGAUUAUAGAAAACAGCUUAUCAUGAAAGAGUUACUUGGAUAUAAUGCAGAUAUAAUGUGUCUUCAAGAAGUAGACCGGAAGAUCUUUGUUCACUGCCUUCAGCCCUUUUUUGAGAUGCAAGGGCUAAACGGUUCUUUUUAUAAAAAAGGCAAAGAAGUAGCUGAAGGAUUAGCUUGCUUUUAUAGAAAAGAUAGAUUUAAAUUAUUAACUGAGGAAAACAUAAUUUUAUCACAGGCAUUGCAAACUGAGCCAUGUUUGAAUUCUAUUUGGACUGCAAUCAAAGAUAACCAACCAUUAAAUGAAAGAUUGUUGGAUCGGUCAACUGCAGCUAGUGCAACAAUCCUGCAAUCUUUGGACAAUGAUAAUGAGAUCCUAGUGGUUGGCAACACACAUCUGUACUUCCAUCCUGAUGCUGAUCACAUCAGACUCAUUCAAGGUGGCAUCGUAAUAUACUGGUUGAAAAAAAUUAGGAUGGACAUUUUAAAUGAGAAUUCAAAUAAAAAGGUAAGUUUGUUACUGUGUGGUGACUUCAACAGUGUUCCGUCAUGUGGCAUUUAUCAGUUGUACACAACAGGAAUAUCUCCAAGCUCUUUGCCUGAUUGGAAAUCUAAUAAGAAGGAGGCAGUGUAUAAUCUAACAUUAGAACAAGAUAUUCCUUUGGAUAGUGCAUGUGGAACUCCUCAAUAUACAAAUUUUACUGCUGGUUUCGCAGACUGUUUGGACUACAUAUUCUAUGAUAAAAGAAAUCUUACAGUUGAACAGGUGGUGCCAUUCCCAAGUGUUGAAGAGUUAGAAGCUCAUACAGCUCUACCAAGUAUAGUUUUUCCGUCCGAUCACAUAGCAUUAAUAUCAGAUUUACGUUUUAUUUGUAAAUAAUUUUUUGCAUAAUAUAUUAUAUUUAUAAGUAGAAAAAUGUAAUAUUC